GGAAGUAAGGCAAAGGCGGACCAAAGUGCAAUAGGUGACAAAGUACACACAUGUAUACACAAGGGUGGGAGGCUUACUCCUGCCUCCUUGUGCAGCACACACCUACAUCAUCAGCAUGACGCACACACUGUGUGAGAGAGUAGUAGUAGUAGUCAGACAGCUUCUGUGGUGUGACAGUUGAUCAGCAAACAUGUCAGGGAAACUGGAAGGCAACAUUUUGGUGACUGGGACCAACAGAGGCAUUGGUUUGGAGCUGGUCAAACAGCUGGCAGAGGGGACAAGAGUGGAGGCUCACAUCUAUGCCGGCUGCAGGGCGCCUGAGGGAACCAGGGCUGAGGCCCUGAGAGACCUCGCCACUCAAUAUCCUGGAAAGAUCACUCUAAUCAAACUAGACAUGUCAGAUGAGGACAGCAUCUCGGCUGCUGUCCAGGCUGUGACCGAGCAGAUUGGGGCCGGUGGGUUGAACCUCCUCAUCAACAACGCUGCAAUUAACACACCGGAGACACCGGCACCGUUAUCUGCCACCGAGAAAGAGGACAUGAUGAAGGUGUAUGAAACCAACGUGGUUGGUCCAUUUCUCAUUGCAAAGAUGUUUCUUCCACUCCUCAAGAGAGCUGCAGAGAUGGACUCACCUGAUAAAGACAAAGGUGAUAAAAUGUCGUGCAGGAGGUCGGCCAUCAUCAACAUCUCCACGCUCAUCUCAUCCAUUGAGAAAUGUCCAGAAACCUUCGCUAUAGCACAGAUGUACCCGUAUAGGAUCAGCAAGGCUGCACUGAACAUGCUGACUCGCUGUCAAGCUGAGGACUUCAAGGGACACAACAUCCUGGUGACAGCGAUCCACCCCGGCUGGGUCCGCACUGAGAUGGGAGGAGAAAUGGCUCCUUUGACCACCGAGGACAGCGUGCUGAGCAUGCUCAGUGUGAUGUCAUCACUCAGCAACAAAGAUUGUGGGAUGCUUCUGAACUGGCAGGGCAACGCAAUCCCCUGGUAGAGGUCACCAUGGCAACCACCCCGGGCUGACCACACCAAUAAUUUUUCUAAUAAAUAUACACCAAUCAGCCGUAACGUUAGGACAGCUUGGGCACCCUGACCGGUCUGUGGCUAUGCAGCCCCAUACACUACAAACUGAGAUGCACUGUGUGCUCUGACACCUUUCUGUCGGAACCAGCAUUAACUUUUUCAGCAGUUUGAGCUCCAGUAGCUCUUCUAUUGGAUCGGACAACACGGGCCAGCCUUCGCUCCCCACGUGCAUCAAUGAGCCUCGGGUCUGACCCUG